ACUCAACUAAUAGUGGUUUAUAUAGGAUUUUCUUCAUUCUGUGACUCGUCCGUCACCUGACUCCUCUAAACAAACUGUUUGGAUUCAUGACGAGAGAUCAGUGGGAAGACAACUAAUUUUGACCCCACAUCACUAAGAAUAGAACCUGCACUAUUUGCUAAGCCUUUGGUCUGUUUGUGCUUUGGCUGGGGUGAAAAACGCUGAUGGCUCUCAUGGAUAAGCACAAAGUCAAGCGCCAGAGGUUGGACCGCAUUUGUGAAGGCAUUCGCCCCCCGAUUCUGAAUGGGCCGAUGCACCCGCGGCCCCUGGUGGCUUUGUUGGAUGGGCGUGACUGCACCGUGGAGAUGCCUGUCCUGAAGGACGUGGCCACAGUGGCCUUCUGUGAUGCCCAGUCCACCCAGGAGAUCCACGAGAAGGUGCUGAACGAGGCAGUGGGCGCCCUGAUGUACCACACCAUCAGCCUUUCGCGGGACGACCUGGACAAGUUCAAGGGUCUGCGGAUCAUUGUGCGAAUUGGCAGUGGCUUUGACAACGUGGACAUCAAGGCUGCGGCUGAACUAGGUAUAGCUGUGUGUAAUGUGCCUGCGACAUCAGUGGAAGAGACGGCGGACACGUCCAUGUGUCUGAUCCUGAACCUGUACCGCCGUGUCACCUGGAUGCACCAGGCUAUGAGAGAGGGCACCAGGGCUUCCAGCGUGGAGCAGAUCAGGGAGGUAGCCAGCGGAGCUGCCCGCAUCCGGGGAGAGACACUGGGCAUCAUCGGCCUGGGGCGAGUGGGCCAAGCUGUAGCGCUGCGGGCCAAGGCCUUUGGCUUCAGUGUGAUGUUCUACGACCCCUACCUGCCAGACGGGGUGGAGCGCUCUCUGGGCCUGCAGAGAAUGGCCACCCUGCAGGACCUGCUCAUCCACUCUGACUGUGUGUCACUGCACUGCAGCCUCAACGAGCACAACCAUCACCUCAUCAAUGACUUCACCAUUAAACAGAUGCGUCAGGGAGCAUUUUUGGUUAACACGGCUCGCGGGGGCCUGGUGGAUGAGAGGGCCCUGGCCCAGGCACUGAAAGAGGGCAGGAUACGGGGUGCUGCCUUGGACGUACACGAGACGGAGCCCUUCAGCUUCUCUCAGGGCCCAUUGAAGGAUGCCCCCAAUCUGGUUUGCACUCCCCACGCAUCCUGGUACAGUGAGCAGGCGUCACUCGAGGCGCGGGAGGAGGCAGCUAGGGAAGUGCGCCGGGCCAUCACAGGCCGCAUCCCUGACAGUCUGAAGAACUGUGUGAAUAAGGAGUAUCUGAUGGCAACGCCCCAGUGGCCUGGCAUGGACCCUGGGGCUGUGCACUCCGAACACAAUGGUGUUACUGAUUACAGGUUCUCUACUGGUCUAGUGGGAGUGGCAGCAGGAGGCCUGACGGGGGCAGGUGCUGCAGUGGAGGGAAUUGUUGCAGGGAACCUGGCUAUGGCACAUGGGAUUGCCCCCGUGUCCCGACCUCCCCACACACCGUCGCCGGGGCAACCCUCUAAAGCAGAAACAGACAGAGACAUGCCAACGGACCAGUAGCCAGCUACCAUUUCCCCUCUGGUCCACAACAUUCCGUCAUCACUCUUCAUGUUCAUGCAAGCAGAUACACUAGUAUUGAGGUCCAUUCUGACCCAGCUUUGGUCCCAUCCAUCAGAACAGAAUACUUCACGAGAGACCAGUCUGCAUAGACUCCCUACACUCGUCCUCUUUUCUCUCAUCCAGAAAGCAAUAAGUGGAUUACUCAAGGAUUUUUUUCCAGUUUGCUUUUAAACCCCUCUUUGUCUGACUUUCCUGUGGCUCAGUGUUUUUGUAAAUUACUCCUUUAUGGAGAGAAACCUGUUAAUGUUUUUCCUGUAUUUUUUUGUUUUGUUUUUUAUAUCAAUUGCUGUUUGACAUGCUAUAAAGUGAAGCAUGAGUCUGGAAUGGUAUAGAAGAUGAAUAACAUUUUUUCCACUACUAUUUGUUCACGAACCUUACAAAGGAUUUUAUAUUAUUGGGCUCAAUACAUUUCUAGUUAUCACGAUAAGUGUGGCUCUGACUUUUUAUGAGCUUUUUGAUGUGAAUUGAAUAAUAUCGAAAGAUAUGCCUCUGCUGAUAAGGAAAAUACAUACAGCAUACAAUGUUUGUCAAGACCACCACCUACACUUAUUUUCUCUGUUGGUCUUGGAAUAUUUUCAUGAUUAAAUGUAUAGAUCUUCUGCACAUCCUUGACUAGAGGGACGGCGGUCUUCUUACCUUUCUAUUUCCUUUUAUAUGUUACCUUUGGAUAUGAAUACAACAUGAAAACUAUAUCUUUGCCAAGUGCUCAAAUGAUCUAUCCUCCUGCACAGCACUCCAAUAUCAACAUUGCCCCUCAGUGUCUGCUGUCAUUGAUGCUAUACUUUGGGGUGUUCAUCUUCUGUACUGCAGGCAUUGAAACUUAUUUUAGCUGUAUGGAUUCCAUAGUGGCUGUCAAUCUCAAAUGAAAUGGCGUAAUGAGGCUUCAAGACAUUAGUCUGUCACAUUUGCAAGGAUGGUGGCAUCCUAGCAAAUUGUGUCCACACCCAUAGUAGUGUUUGUAAGGGGGCAGGUGCCCAGUUGAUGUUGGUUCAGUUCAAUGUCCUGACCACAUCAGGAACACUUCUGUUUGUUUUCUGCUCUGGGUGUACCUAGGGCUCACUGCUGUGUUUGUGUGUGCGCCAGGCACGCAUCUGUGGCUUGGUCACAGGGUUGUUCACAACCAUAUUCAAAACAUUUGAUGACCUGGGGACAGCGGUUCAUUACUACUACAUGAAUUCGAGAAGUGAUUAGAUGGCUUAAUUUCAUAAUCGUCUUAAUCUGAAUUAAUGCUUGGUACUUUGGCUGGCUUCUGGGUUGAGCGGGCAUUGUGUCAAGAAGCAGUGUACCUGUGGACAUAGACCAGGGAAUCUGUGGCAGGGAUAUCCAAUCUGUUUACUGACUAUCAAGGCCAGUAUAAGAACAGAUGAAGUGGAAAAUUGAGAGUAUAAGUUUGGGUGUGUACUUAGCAUUGCAGUCCGAUGUGGGUAAUGAAGUCCCUUAUACUUAUCCCCCCCCACACACACACACACACAAAAGUAGUCUGGGUACCAGUCUGUUUAGCUAUCAUUCCACUCCUUGUUAUGCUAAACCAAAUAAUCUUUGGCAUAUGUCACGAAGUGGAAUGAUAGCUAAACAGACUGGUACCCAGACUACUUUUUGUCAUACCUAGGCUACCCUCGCAGGCCAACAGUCAUAGAAAAUCAAGGGAGUUUAUACAUGGUAUCACAUUGGCACAGCUUCAGAUUUGUGUAAGUGUGUUACUGGAGAAGGGGACCUUCAGCCAAAGAUGGACAGCCUCCCAUAAUGCCUACUUGUAAUCAGGGGUAAUUUACAAAUGGGAAAGCAGUGGAACGGAAUUCUGCCAUCUUUGGCCAACAUGAUUUAUAGAAUUUCAUUUCAACCCCUACUCGUAAUUACACACUGGCCAAGUAUAGGGAAAUGCCUGUUAUACCUCAUUAACAGAUAUUGAAUGUAGCUUACGCUCUGUUAUUCCUCUUAACAGAUACUGCUGAGAUCUAUCACCAAUUUAAAAAUAUGUGAAAUCACUGUUGGCCCAUCUGUUAGUAAGAUGCAUGAUUUAUUCCGUUUCAGCAGAUUUCUCUGAUUAACUAAAAGAAAAGAAAUCCUCGCGGAUGAGUCUUGACCUCCAUGCUUGUAGUUUUGAAGUUGUCUUGUAUGUUUCUCUUUAUGGGUAUUAAUUAAUUUGUCAUUAGAAUCCCCCCCCAAAAAAUUAAGAAAUGAGAUUAAAGCAAGUAACAAUGGAACUACAACAGACUGAAUAGUUGUCCUUGCCUAUUUCAUCAAUCAAGUUUUAUCAUUAUUGAGAUUACUUGUUUUAUUGACAUUGCAACAGAGAAUAUGAAAAGACAAGGGGAAUCCAGCAUUGUUGCUAAAGUGGACUUCUUGCUGACACCCAUAUCAUUGUUUUUUUAUUGUUUUAUAUGCAGAGGUAGUACAUUGAGCUACACAGCUGUGAUGAAUGCCUUAUCCUGGACCUAACGUUAACUUCCCUCGCAAGUUUUUUCCCACCCUCCCGAACUGGGUGCUCCACUCUGCUCCUUUUUUUUUGUAGAGUUAAGUUAAAUAUAGCUUAGAUCUGUAUUCUGAAGACUUCAUCUUGACAGCCCUAGUAACAGCAUGAUUAGAGCGUUCGUGUCUCUGGGUUCGUUCAAGCAUCUGAUCCUGUUUUACGUAAACUGAUCAUUUUAAUAAUCUGGAAAACAGAGCAAAUUGAAAUUAGCUGAGGGGGGUGUGAUGUAUGGGAGAGAGAUCAAAUCUUUAGAAAUGGAGUCCAUGUGGUUCAAAUCUGAUGUGAUUGAUGCCUGGAUAAUUUACAUUACAACAUACAGAAAUGUAAUGUGCAUUAGGCUAUUCUAUUUCAUGUUUAGAUUUCUCAAUCAGACUGCAAAAUGAGAACAACCCAGUACAUUUGUAAUUAGGAUUUAUUCUGAACUUUUUAAAUAGGAACAAUCAUUGUGAUGUAAGCUUCUACAAUAAAGUAUUUUAAUACAAA